UUUUCUAGGAAAUUUCGUAACCGGAGCACUUUAAAUUAGACGCAAACCUGCUUCCACUGGUCAAACCAGUAGCUCGGUUUCGGUGAAGUGGAGUUGUAGUUGGAAUUGAUUUUCUAAGAGCCCGUUAAGCAUCCGUGUUUGCUAAACCACGUCGAUGGCUUCCAAUGGUGCAAAGCAGUCCUUUCUGUCAGGAUUGGUGGAUCCCACCUCUCAACGAAUUGAUGAUUGUUCUCCCAACAGAAAAAGGUUUCGCAGUCUUCAAAGUACUCUAGCAGAGUUUGUUCCUUCAGAUGGUGGUGGCAAAUGGCCAAUUCCAAGUUAUGAAUUCCUUUUCGGGGGACUUCACCAGAGCCUGAAGACACUAGCUAUGAUCUUGGCCGUCUACGUGUCUGCUGGCACUAUGUGCUUUUAUGCUGUCAGGGAUGAUAUCAAAGGGAAGACAUCAAAUCCGAUUCUUGAUUCUCUGUACUUCUGUAUUGUGACGAUGACCACAGUGGGAUACGGGGACCUUGUGCCCAAUAGUGCCUCCGUGAAGUUAGCUGUCUGUGUUUUUGUCUUCAUAGGGAUGGCUCUAGUUGGACUGAUACUGAGCAAAGCAGGAGAUUAUUUGGUAGAGAAGCAGGAAAUAUUACUGGUUGAAGCCCUUCACAUGCAUCAAAAACUUGGUCCAGCUGCAUUUCUAAAGGAAACUGAAGUCAACAAAGUCAAAUACAAAUGCUAUUUGGCUGUAGCUAUUCUUUCAGGGCUUAUGAUGAUCGGAUCAGUUUUCCUAUACAUGAUUGAGGAUCUGGACGUUGUUGAUUCUUUCUACUGUGUCUGUUCUACCAUUUCAACUCUCGGCUAUGGAGAUAAGAGCUUCUCAACUGGAUAUGGCCGUAUGUUCGCUGUAGUUUGGAUACUGACGGGCACUGUUGGUUUAGGUCAGUUAUACAUGUACAUUGUUGAGCUAUUCACUGAGAGCAGACAGAGGAAACUGGUGAACUGGGUUCUCACCAAAAUGAUGGCCAAUUCAGAUUUCGAAGCAGCAAACAUAGACGAUGAUGCUGUUGGCACUGCCGAGCUCAUCCUAUAUAAGCUUAAAGAGAUGGGGAAGAUCAGCCAAGAAGACAUCAUGCUUGCACAGACAACUCCAAUGAAGAAGUGACUUAUCAACCAUCAGCUAGUAGUCCUCGAGCAGUAAAGCUGAGUGAUAUUGGGAGAGUUUAUUGUACCAAGUUUACCUUUAGUUUGUUCAUUAUGUUUGGAAAUUUAAGAUUUAAACAUAAAUAAAAUAAUUCCAAUAAUGGUUUGGAAAACUUUUAGCAAAAUAAAUAAAUUCUACAAUGAGAUUUUUAUAAGGCA